AUGGCGAUGAAGGGACACAUUGCGCACCUCCGAGAGGAGCUGGAUCGAGAGAGGGAGGAGAGAGACUACUUUCAGCUGGAGAAAGGCACGAUUCUCCUCUCUGAGAACACACAGAGAGAGCUACAGGAGAUAAAAGAUGAACUAAAAAACCUAGAAAAGGUCAUAAGAGAGGAUGAGAGGCACCACCAAGUAGAGAUCAAGGUGUUGAGGCAGAAGAUGAAGCACCACCUUUGUGAACACCAGAACACGAUCUCUGAGUUGAGCGCAAACGCUUUAGUCUCAACUGAAACACAGCAAAAAGAGCAACACAAAUUAGAGACUGAGCUUCAUAAGAGAAUGAAGGCCAUCAAGGUCGAGAUCGAGGAGAUUAACGAUGAAUACCUCGUCAAGGAGCUUGAACUGAAACACGCAGAAGAAAUGACUAAACUGAGGGACAAAUUGGAGAAGCAACUCACAGAAACUGAAGCUGUGUAUGAGGAGAAGAUGACGCUACUGCUGCAAGAGCUGGACAACAUGAGGAAAAAUGAGCUCAGUGAGAGAGAAGAUAAGUGGAACAGCCACAUCGAUGGUCUCAUAUCAGACCACAACAAAGCUCUCAGUGAAGCGAGUGAGCUGGGUAAAGACUUACAACAGGUUGUGGAUGGGAAUGAUUCACUCAAGACACAAAUCAAAGCAAUGAAGAUGAAACAGAAGCAAAAGAACAAGGACCUGAUUCCAGUUUUGUGUGAUGACAAACGUCUUGCUGAGAAUCUUUCCAAAGAUAAAGAGGAAAUCAUUGAAAAGAAGAAAAAGAUGAAACACAGCGGAAUGGAAAAGGACACCAAAGAAAAGAUCAUAGUAAAGAAGAUGAAUGAUCUAAAACAGGAUCACGAGACGCUGAAAGAGAAAUUCCACAAGCUUCAGCUUGAGAAGGACGAGCUGUACAAGACGCACUCUAUUCAGAAGGUGCAGCAUGAAGCAGAUCUGAAGAAGACGCAGCUGGAAACGAAGCUGAAAGCGCUCGCAGACAGUCUGGAGGAGACAAAGGCUCGGCUCCAGUCUGUGCUAUCUGCCGCUAACAUGGACCAAACAGCCCUUUGUGAGGUCCUAAACAACAUUGAGGAAAACCUUGACUCCAACAAUAAUACCAUCAAGAUCUUACGGUAUAAAAAAGUUCAGAUUUCCAAGGCGCAUGGGGAUUUGCUGCUGUACUAUAAGGCCAAGCUAAAGGCUCUUGGUGUCCCAGUGGAGUAGCUUGGUGCAGGAAAAUGUCAGGGACAGGCCUUAGAUAUUGGCUUUGUGCCAAAAGUGCCAAAACAGACAUUUGAAUAA